AUGUAUACCCAAUACAAGCUAUUGGGUUUGGUGGAGGGGAAGGAGAAUAUGUCGGAGGCCGCGGAGCUGAAAGGAGCGUGGAUGAAGCGAUCGUUUGACGCGUACAUGCUCAUGAGCGUGGAUUACAUUCGCGCGCGCAUCCUAGAGGAGGACUUGCGGCGGGGGAGUGUGGAGCGCUCGGAGGAGGGGGCUGGCUAUGGAGUUGGAGGUGGAAAAAGUGGCUUCAAAAAGAAGUGGAAGGGCAAGAACAAGGAUAACCCUAAGAAGGAUGGUGGCGGGGGUCAAGGGGAGGUGUGCUUCUACUGCAAGAAGCGCGGGACAUCGUUGGCGGAAGUGCUACCAACGACCCAAGGAUUGGACCCCGCCUUCAUCAAGCAACCAACGUGGUGGCACAAGGAGUGGGGGAGUCAUGGGAGCUAG